UUCCUCCUCCUCUAUCCUUUCCGUUGCUCGCCGCCUCGGGAUCCCCCGGCGCAGCGCAGAGCAAAAGAACUGAGCUGGCCUUGGCUUGCGUGGGAAUGUCUCGGGCCUCCGUCUCUGCGCAGCCAAACCCACAUUUAUUUGCCACCUAAAAGGGGCACACCACCCCACCCCAGCUUCAAUUCCUGGCCAGCCGCAUCGAGAAACGCAGAGGAGGUCGCCCGCUCGCGACACCGGAACCACCAAUGGCGGCUAUAUAGCCAGUAGGGCAGGCAGACUGGAGGGGGAACAGAGGUUCUUGUUUGUUUUCUUGCGGAGAAGUACCGUGAUGGGUCGUGCUCGCGGCGGAAGGCUGCUCCCUGUCCUCGCCGCGCUGUUCGUGGCGCUGCUCCUCAUCUCCGGCUGCGCGGCGGAAGGGGAGGACGAGCAGGGCUCACCGGUGCCGGCGGAGGAGCCGGAGGCGCCCAUGGAGGACAAGGAGAAGGCGGCCCUGUACGCCGCCAUCGGGAGCUUCGUCGGCAAGGCGUGGAACGGCUCCGGCCUCUUCCCUGACCCCUGCGGCCAGACUCCCAUCCAGGGGGUGUCAUGUGACCUCUUCAAUGGCGUGUGGUACCCAACGGUGGUCAGCAUCGGUCCGGUGCUCGACAACUCGCUGCAGUGCGCCCCGGACGCAAGGUUCGGCCCCCAGCUGUUCGACCUCCGGCGCCUCAAGAGCCUCACCUUCUACGCCUGCUUCCCGGCGGCCAACCCCACGACGAUCCCGGCCGCUAGCUGGGACAAGCUCUCCGGCACCCUCGAGACGCUCGAGUUCCGCUCGAACCCGGGCCUGUCCGGCGCCAUCCCGGCGUCCCUCGGCCGCCUGGCCAGCCUGCGGUCCCUGGUCCUCGUCGACAACAACCUCACCGGCGCCGUGCCGUCGGAGCUCGGCGGGCUGGCGAAGCUGCGGCGGCUCGUGCUGUCCGGGAACGGGCUGUCGGGCCCGGUGCCGGCGACGCUCGGUAACAACAACCCCCAACUACGCCGCCUCGACAACGAGCAGCUGCUGAUCGUGGACAUGAGCAAGAACUCUCUAACCGGAUCUCUGCCUCCGUCGCUAGGUGGGCUCAAGGGGCUGCUCAAGAUGGACCUCAGCAACAACCGCCUCGACGGCCGCAUCCCGCCGGAGCUCGCGGGGCUCGAGAGCCUCACGCUGCUCGACCUCCGGAACAACAGCCUCACCGGCGGGCUCCCCGAUUUCGUGCUGGCCAUGCCGGCCCUGCAGGACCUGCUGCUCUCCAGCAACCCGCUGCUGGGAGGCACCCUGAUGCAGCGCGGCUGGGAGAAGAUGGCGAGCCUGGCGACGCUGGACCUGUCCAACGUCGGCCUCGCCGGCGCCAUCCCGGAGUCCAUGGCGGCGAUGCCCAGGCUGCGGUUCCUGGCGCUGGACCACAACCGGCUCUCCGGCACCGUGCCGGCCAAGCUGGCCGCGCUGCCGAGCAUCGGCGCCAUGUACCUCAACGGCAACAACCUGACGGGGGCGCUGGAGUUCUCGGCCCGGUUCUACCAGAGGAUGGGCAGCAGGUUCGCCUCCUGGGACAACCCCGGCCUGUGCACGGCGGAGACGGCCGGCGGCGCGCCGACCGGCGUGGCCGUGUGCAAGGACGCGCAGGACCCGCCCCGCGUCGGCGUGAGGGACGGGAUGGAUGGGGGCGGGAGGAGGCCCGAGGCGAGCUCGAGCCUCCCGGCGUCCUCCUCCUCGUCUGCCAUGGUCGCCGUGCUCUGGUGGUCGGUGCUGGCUCAGGGGAUGGCGAUGGCGACGCUCAGGGGAUGGGAUGGCGAUGGCGACGGCAACAAGUUCAGAUCGAUUAAUGCUGAUUCUGCAUAAAACAUCAUAUAUCUGCAUAAACCAUAAACUAUAUGUAUUUGUCGCAUUAUCCGCCCCAAACAGAUAUUUACAACCAAACCUCUCAUAUCCGCCCCAAAUGCCUGGACGGGCUGCGCUAGCUUGUCACUUCUGCAUGAUUAACUAAUUCAUGUAGACAAAUUAUUAAUUCUGCGUGCACACUCA